AGCGGGAGACUUGAAAGAACCUAUAGCAAGAGAAGCAGCCCCUUGCUUAAACGGCCCUCCUAAUCGUGUUUUGGAACCAACCCGCAGGGAGCAUACAGGCCCUGCACAUGCGCACUCACUUCUGCGUGACUUUACCGUUGGGCCCUUGCAUAGUGACCCGGAUGUCUGACAAACGCAUGCUCAAUUUCUUCGCCCCUGUUGCCAGGGCUACAAUUGUCUACGGUUUGGAUUGGUUCUCAUUGCUGGGCCCUUGCGGCCUAAGCCUCUGACUUCCGCUUUGAUUUUAGAGCUGAGGAGAGGAUCUGGAGUUCUGGAUUUCGACUAACUACAAUGAAAAGGAUUUUCGGCUUUAGCAACAAAAGUCAUUCUCAGUCUCGGUCUUCUGUCAUCCCACGCAGGGACAGUGGGAUUGAUGGAGCAGUCGCUGCCAAAGGAUAUCGCCUCCAGGAUAAGGAACUUGGGAAGCUUCACAAAGCGGCUUCCAUCGGAGACAUAGCAAAGGUACAGAGGCUGCUGAGAAAGAACGACCCGAACGAACCGGAUAAGUUGAACCGGACACCUUUGCACAUUGCCUGUGCCAGUGGAUAUCCAGAUGUUGUUUCUCUUUUAGUAGAGAGAAAUUGCAAGCUAAAUUUGUGCGAUGGGGAUAAUCGAACUCCUUUAAUUAAGGCUGUACAGUGUCAGCAGGAAGAAUGUGCAACUAUCCUGCUCAGCCAUGGUGCAGACCCCAAUGUUGUGGAUACCAGAAGCAACACUGCCCUUCACUACUCUGCCCUUGGUCACAAUAGAGCCAUAGCAGCAAAGCUGGUUGAACACAAAGGUGAUAUUGAAGCAAAAAACCAGGAAGGCUAUACACCACUUUUGCUUGCAAUUACAGAACAUAACAAAGAAAUGGUAGAUUUUUUCUUAAAGAAUGGAGCAAAUGUGAAUGCCUGCGACAAUUCUAAAAGAACAGCUCUCAUGAUUGCUGUCAGUACUGAACCAACAAGUAUAGUCAAUCUUCUUCUUCAAUUUGAUAUUGAUCUCUCUCUCCAAGAUAAUUAUGGAUGGACAGCAGAAGAAUAUGCUCUUGUCAGUGGUUUUCCUGUUCAUCGUGAACUAAUUCUUCAAUAUGGACAGAGGCAACUUAAUCAACUUACUUCAGCCAAAAUCAGUAGUCCAGACAGGGCUUCUGAUACUGUAUUUACUUUGGGUGGACCUGCUUUGGAUAAAGAAGAUAUUAAGGAGGAAAAAAAGGCACAGGGAUUAGGAGGACCAGGGAACAGAAAAGCAGAAAUACAGGAAUCUCCAGUGCAGACAUCAAGAACAAGAAUUUCAGGGAAAGUAGUGGAAGAAAGUUCCCCAGAAGACUCUAUAAGCAGAUUUUCUGAUAAACCUGGACCUGAUGAUUCCUGGCCAACCUCAGAUGAAGAAGAAUUAGAUUUUAGUACUCAGAAACUCCCCAAGCCAAACUUAAAGAAACUAAUAAAUGCUUCUCAGCAAAUACGGACAAAUGGUGCAAAUGAUGAGAAGAUUUCUAGAAAUGCAAGUCCUCAACAAUCAUAUCAAAAGAAAACUCAUGGAACUUUAAAUAUUGAAGAUCAUAAAGCAUUGAUGAGUCCAGACAAUUCCUAUGUGAACUAUCAGGAAGAAGACGGGAUAGGAAGUAGCCAAGAUGAAGGACAAUUAGCAGACUAUGAAGAUGAAGUGGCAGAGGAGGAAAAAAGUGAGGAAGAGGAGGAGAAAUUCAGUCAAGAUGGCCAGGAUGAUAUAGAUGGGGAAGAAGAACUAGAAUAUGUAGAUACAGAGGAUGAAGAAGAAAGUCAAGCUGAAGAUUUUGAAAAUAUGAAAGAAAAAGAGAGUUUGAAUAAUCAACAGAAUCUCUCACUUCAUACAACUAAAUAUGAUAGAAAUGAAGCUAAAUGUAAAAUAAGUAAAGAAAAGCAGAGAACCAACAUUCCUACAGAAUUUCCUGGGUCAGUUAUAGCUGAUAUUUAUGAAGACUUAAGUGAAAAUUUCUAUGGUACUUUUCUCAAGGAAGAAUUAAUAGACACAGAAGAAGAAGAAAAGAAAGAUGGUGCAUUAUUUGAUAAUGAAAAUAGAGAACAAAUUCAUCAUGAAACUUCAAAUAUUCUGAGUGAACUUCAAGCUCCCAUAACAUCACAGAAGUGCACUGUUAGGAGAGAUAUGCUGUCAGCAUUGGGAUUGGAAGAUGAGGAAGAUACAGAAUCACCCUGGGAUUCAGAGUGUACCUCUGAAAGUCUCCCCAAAGAAUCGGUAAUACAUGUAUCUGCAGCCCCGAAUCAAGCAAUGAAAGAAAGUAUUUCAAGGGGAUCACUUGAAGAUUAUCCUAAGAAACAUCCUAACUUGCAGCCCACUCAACCUACUCUUGUAAUGAAAGAUUCUUUCACAAACCAAGAAACAGAAAAAGGAGUUAUGGAAAAAGAAAAAUCAGAUUUACUGGAAGAAUUUGGUUUAGAUGAUGCAGAUGACAUUGAUGAUGUUUCCAAUUGGGAUUCUCCCAGUACUUCCCAGAAAAAUGUGACUUAUAGAAAUUACAAGGAUUUGAAUUUUGAUGGGAAUUAUCCUUGCAAAUCAAUGCCAUUGACAAAAAAUCAGUCAGGAUCCACAGAGUUUGGAGAGCUUCCUUUAAAAGAAGAUGAAACAGCUGCUGCUGUACAAGAAACUGGGCCUGAGCCUAGAUUUAGUGUUGUGAUUCUAGUAGACAAACCAGGCUCCCAGAAGCAGAGUGAACCGCAGCUACUUCUAGAAAAAGAGGAAAGUAAAAAAGAUUUAACACAAGAAUCGGAAUUUGAAGGAUCAUCAGAGGAAAGCCAAGAAAAUUUUGAUAAAAGUGACCAGGAAGAGGAAGAAAUUAUUUUAGAAACAGCCAACACAGCAGAACAAACAGCAUCUAAGAAACAAUUAAAGCCUCUUAGUUUUCCAGUUUUACAUCUGAAAACAGCACUCCUUGAGGAAUCCAACAGUGAGGACAUGCAUUUAGAUGCAGACCAAAAUUGGGAAGAAAAAUAUGAAAAAAUGUGGGUUGAAAAGGAUAAAAUGGAAGUAAAAAAGAAUUUUAAAAUCAUUACAACUGAGUUAAAGCAGGUAUUUGGUGAAAUUUCUACAAAAAAUAAAAUUGCCCAUCAGUCUACAGAGGAACUACAAGAAGAUGAAUCAAAACCAUUACAGGAAGUAUCCUCAAAUUUUACAAAUAACUCAAGUGAUAAUAUGGGAAUUGAGAAAUCUGGGGAUUCUCUUGAUAUAGGAUUUCAAUCAUUUCCUGAAGAAAGGGAAGACAAUCCAGAAAAUGACAUUUUUCAGCAUUUAAAUCUCACUUUUGAAGAAAAAGUUCAUCAGUCACCUUUUAAUCUAUGCUCAAAAAGUAGCCACCAACUCUGUCAGAAUGAAAAUAAUUCAGAAACUGUAUAUACUUGCAAUGUAAAUGAAGAGGAUGUUACUUGUGAUGCAGAAAUUGUAAGAAUUGCCAGCUCAAAAAAAAUUACAAAUGAAAUGAAGGAAGAUGGAGCAUUUGAUAUGCAAAUGGCAGUAAGUUUGGACAGAAAUACCAUAAAUUUGAGACCAAAUUCAGAACAUUUGCUAGAAUCAAGUGGUCUAGGAAGCCAUUUUGGUGACCAGCUUACUGGAUCUCAUGAUGUGAAACCCAUCAUCCAAGAUAAAGAGCCUACAAUUACUACUACAACAAAAUUUAAUGAGAAAACAGAACUAAAUGAAAACUUAUUCCAGAAUCUAGUUGAUAGUGAUAACUCUACAAAUGAGCUAAGACACUGGAAAUACUCCCUUCCAUCUAGUGACAAAAUAUCAAAAAUGUACCUGGAUAAAGAAUUAAAGCAAGAUGUGCAAAGAUUUAAAAAUGAGUUAGGAAUGUUGAAAGUAGAGUUCCUGGCUUUGGAGAAAGAAAAAACACAACUACAAAAAGAGGUUGAAGAGGAAAAAAAAAAGCAUCUACACAAUGAAAUGGAAACAUUGGAAGAAAGAAGUGAUGAAAAAUUAAAUAUAAAUAAAAUGAUUGGCAAGGAUAAUCUUGCCAAUAAGGUAUCUGAUAUGAAGGACAUUCAGCAUGGCAAAGAUGAGGAAAAUAAAAUUCCUGGAGAAGAAAUUCCAAAAAUGAACAUUUCUAAUUCCAAGGAAAGUUCAACACCCAUGCAUCAUCUUUUAGAGUGCAAUGAUUCUGCCAUGAACCUGAAAUAUGUCAAAAAGCCUCCAAGUGAUAAAUGGAUUUCAGAGGAUCCUGGUAUUACUUCAUCUUGUGAAAAGGUGAAUUCCUUAACUAGUAUCCUACUCCAAGUUCAUGAUGACAGCAGUUUAAGUGAAGAUCUUCAUGAAGGAAGGCCUGGAAAUGAAACAUUGAAUAAAACAAAUAAGGACAAAGGACUGAUGGAUGCAGAUGAUCUUGAUGACCUUACUCAGUCAUCUGACACAGCUACACUAGAUGAUGAUUUGCCUCCUUCCAGCUAUAAGACUAUUAUAUUAUUAAUUGAACAACUUAGUAUUGAUUGUAAAGAUUCUAUUAGCCUUUUGAAAAUUCAGGAUGCAGUUCUUACAUAUGAACGAUCAUUAGAACUUAAAAAAGGACGUUGUACACUCCUUGCAGAAAAAGUUAAGAGUCUGGAAAACAAGAUUACUGGACUACAGGAAGAAUUAUCAGAAACAAGAGAAGUUAAAUCCCAGUUAGAACAUCAGAAAGUUGAAUGGGACAGAGAACUUUGUAGCCUCAGGUUUACACUGAAACAAGAGGAAGAAAAGCGAUUGAAUUCAGAAAUGCUAUUUAAAAAAAUCAGUGAGCAAUUAAGAAGAAAAGAAAAGCAAUAUAUUAAAGAAGUGGAAAUAAAAGAGCAACUUGAACUCACUCUUCGAUCUCUGCACCUAGAACUUAAAGCAGUAAGAAAUAAUUUGAAACAGGUUGAGGAAGAAAGAAAUGAGACUCAAAGAAAACUUUCUCAUGAGCAGAGUGCCAGAGCUUUGCAAGAUGGAAUUCUGAGUAAUCAUUUUUGGAAGCAGAAGGAAGCUUUUGAAGCAAAUGUUUCUAAAAUGAAUCAGAGUUGUGAGGUUCCUGAUAGUCAUGAAAAAGAUCUCCAAAAAAAUCAUACCCUCCAGGAUGAAAUUGCCAUGCUUAAACUGGAACUAGAUGCAGUAAAAAUUAAGAAUCAAGAAAAAGAAAAUAGAUAUACUGAAGAAAAUGAAGUUUUAAAAGAAAAGAAUGAUGAGCUUCAAAAGGAAUUAAAAUUGAAUGAAGAGGCAUUAACAAAAACAGUCCUCCAGUACAGUGGACAACUUAAUGUUCUGACAACGGAGAAUGCAAUGCUGAACUCUAAACUGAAGAAUGAAAAGCAAAACAGAGACAGAGUAGAGAUAGAAAUUGAAUCAUACCGUUCCCGGCUGACUUCUGCUAUUCUUGAUCAUGAACGAAGUCAGACAUCAAAACUAGACCUUGAACAUACCUUUCAGCGAGAAAGAGAUGAAUGGCUUCGUCUGCAAGACAAACUAAAUUAUGACUUGUCUAGUCUAAAAGAUAACAAUGGUGUCCUUUCUCAACAGCUUUCUAAAGCUGAAAGUAAAGCUAAUAGUUUAGAAAAUGAGCUACACCUUGUACGUGAUUCACUCAGAGAAAAGACAUUGAUUUUAGAAAGCACACAGAGAGACCUAAACCAGGCCCAAUAUCAAGCAAAGGAACUUGAACACACAAAUCAAAUAGAAAAGGAAAAACUGAACAAAUAUGUUGUCAAACAAGAAUCUAUGCAAGAAAGAUUUGCUCAAAUCCAGAGUGAAAAUAUGUUGCUUCGACAACAGCUAGAAGAUGCCCAAAACAAAGGCAUCAUUAAAGAAAAGGUAGUAAGUGACGUCCAGGUACAGUUUAGUGAUCUCUUCAAUAAACUUCGUGCUGAUAGCGAAAAACAAGUUCUUAUGGUAGAAGAGAGAAAUAAGGAGUUAAUUAAUGAAUGUAACCACUUAAAAGAGCAAAUGUGUAAAUAUGAAAAUGAGAAAGCAGAAAGAGAGGUUACAGUAAGACAACUUCAACAAGAACUUGCUGAUUCCCUGAAAAAACAAUCUAUGUCUGAAGCUUCAUUAGAGGUUACCUCACGUUAUAGAAAUGAUUUAGAAGAUAAGAAACAACAACUACAGAAGGAAAUAGAUCAAAUCAAAAGCAAACUGCAAGAAUCUGAAGAACGGCACCUACAGUCAAAGCGGUCUACUAAUGAGUUAGAAGAUCAUAUACAAAAGCUGGAAAUUGAAAAUGCCAGAUUAGAAGCUACAGUAAAACAACAAAUGAACAAAAUUGAACAAAUUCAGCAAAACAUGUUGGAUGCUACUUCACUUGAUAAUGAAAGGGAAAAAUUAAAGAAACUCAUUGAGUUAAAGCAAUCUCUGGAAAGUCGUCUAGAUCAAGAAAUAAAGAGAAAUGGUGAAUUGCAGAAAGACAUCAGUGGAUUUAAGAGAUUAUUGAAAGCCACAAAAAAGAAACUAAAGGAUUAUGAAAAAGGAAAUCUUGAUUACCAAGGAAGAAUGAAGCAUGCAUGUUCUGAAGAGGAUGGACAAAUUAAUAGGUUAAAAAAUAAGAUUGAUGAGCUUACACAACAAUUGGAAGAUGCAUCUUCAAAAUGUAUACAUUUGGAAUCUAUGAAUCGAGGUCUUCAGGAAGAGUUAUUUUCUUUGAAAACUGUUCAAAAGAAAUGUGACAGGCUGGAAAAGAAUAAAAAACAAUUGGAAGAAGAAAUAGCUAAUCUUAAGCACCAUUUAGAAAUUUAUACACUAGAACGUAGUCAAGUAGAACAAUAUAAACGUGAGAUUGAAGAACGAGCAAGACAAGAGAUUGUAGAAAAACUGAAAGAAGUCAACCUAUUCUUACAGACACAAGCAGCAUCCCAAGAGAACUUAGAACAAUUAAGAGAAAAUAACAAUGCUUCAAUAAGAAACCAAAUGGAACAUAGAAUUAGAGAUCUAGAAUCUGAACUCUCCAAACUGAAAAAUUCACAACAAGAUUCUACUAAGGCAGAACUAGAGAUCUACAGACAACUCUAUUCUGAAGAAUUAAAAACAAGAAAAUCAUUGUCAAACAAAUUAGAAAGAACUAAUGAGAGACUAGCCGAGGUCAGUGCCGAACUCCUAAAUGAAAAACAAAGAAGUAAAACUUUAAUCACUAGUUUUACUGCAAGUCCAGUUCUGGAGCCACCUCAUAUUGGGAAUCUUAAUAAUAGUUUAGUCCUCAAUAGAGGACUCAUUCCAAGAGGAAAUAUAGUAUAUUCUACUGGAAACACAGUAUCUUCAAGAAACAGAGCAGAGGCCUACUUUACAAAGAUGCAACAGGAAUUGGAAAAAAAUAUAGCUAGGGAACUUAAUGAAGCUACUGGUGAACUUGAAUCUGGAUCUUGUUGGCCUUCUCCCAUAGGAUCCACUGAUGAGUCUUCAAGAAUGUCAAAUGUGAAUCAGGAUCCAGUUUCCAGAGCAACUCAGGAAUACAUAGAGGUUUUAAAGAAAAAUUACAUGCUUUAAAGGAAGAAAUGAUGUACAUUUAUGAAAUGAUCUAUGUUUACAUAAUAUUUAAUGGAUUUCCAUUAAAUACAUAAAUGUGAAAAAAUCUAAUGUACCAGGAAAUGUAUUGUGUCAUAAGUUUUAAUAUGUACUCUGUAUAUAUAUAUAUAUAUGUACAUAUAUAGAGUUUUGUAUAGUUCUUUAUUAAAAGCUUUAUUUAUUUAUAUUUUUAACACUGCUCCACACCCCAUCAUCAGUUGUUUCAGGUGCUCUAGAAACCACUACAUUGACUAUUAUACUUAAGUGAGCUAUUCUUUGAAAGAAUAGGCUUUAUUUUCUAUUUAAUAUCAUUGUUCAUUGACCUAAAUAUUUGGUAAAUUUAAGCAGACAUUAUUUUGCUAUAUUGCUGCUAUUCUUACUAUCAGUAUUUGAAUUUUAAUGUAUCUAUAAUGAUGCAAUAAAAUUUAUAGAUUGUACUUUAAAUUCUAUUUGAACUUAUUUUAAGUUCUCAUACACUUAAACUUUUGUUGAUAUUUUUUUAAACUUUAAGUGAAUCCAAUACAUUGUUGGUCUUGUAAGUUUUAUGAUAAUGAUGCUUUUCUCUCAAGUCUCUAGUCACAAAACCGAAGUUCAUUCAGAUCUUCACUCAAUAUAUAUUUUCUUAAAGUUAUGUUGACUUGGCAUAACACCAGCACUUGAGAGCCAAAUCCAGCUGUUGCUUAUUUUUUGUCCUGAGAGCUAAGAAUGCUUUUUACAUUUUUAAAUGGAACUUUGUCAUACUUAAGAAUACAAAAAGCAUUAACUCUCCCACUGAACAAAAUCAGGAACAGUUGGUAUUUGAUCAGCUUGUCUUAGUUUGACAGCUCUUGAGUUAAACCAUGAAUAGGAGAGAUUUCCACAUCCAGUGUUCCCUACAAUAAUUAAAUCAUAAAGCUGAUCCAAGUGUUUGUUUAUGUUUACUUAGACACAUGUGUACACAUGCAUACAUUCACAGACACAUUCUGUAUCUUCCAGACUUUCACUUUAUUCCAAAUAUUCAUUCAACCAAUAUUUAUUGCCCCAUGUGUGAAAGAAACUACCUCUCACCGUAAGAGACAUAUACCUAGAUGAAUAAGAUACGGUGUUCUUGGUCUCAAGGAUCAUAUAAUCUUACAGGAAAUAAAAGAUACCAAAAAGUAUGGGAAGAAAAAAUUUGAAAUAUUUAUAAGUGAUAACACUGCAAAAAAGAAAUCCUAGAUAUAAAGCUGUAAAUGCUUUUAAAGGUCAUCUUGUCCAGAAUUUCUUAACUCUUAUUUCUGACAUGGACCGUUUUAGCAGUCUGGUGAAGCCUAUGGACCCCUUCUCAGAAUAACAUUUUGAAGUGAAUAAAAUACAAAGAGAAAGAAAA